GUUCGAUUCACAAUCAUUCAGUAAUGACAUGUUGAAAUUUGGCCGACAAAGCAAGAACAAAAUUCUGCAGCUACUGGCUAUCAAGUUGAACCACUCGAAAUGCCCAGAGUCGAGGACUGUGAAGCUGCCGGUGGGCAAAGUGAAGGGCAAACAUCAGACUGGUUAUUGUGGCAAUGAGUUCUAUAGUUUUGAGGGCAUUCCCUAUGGCAAGCCACCCAUAGGGGAACUGCGUUUUAGACCAUCGCAGCCAGCUGAUCCAUGGAAGGAAUUGGAUUGCCAGCAGGAGCGGGAUCCGCCCGUUCAAUUCGAUAGAGACACUGGCAGAGUGUUUGGCAACGAGGAUUGUCUUCAAUUGAAUGUAUAUACCAAACACUUCGAUACUGCAAAGGCGCCGCUGCCAGUAAUAGUUUACUUUCAUGGAGGAGGUUUUCGCAAUAACGGGGCUAUCCGCAUGAAGUAUGGCCCGGACUAUCUGAUGCGCGAGGAUAUAGUCUAUGUGGUCUUUAGCUAUCGUCUGUGCGUGUUGGGAUUCCUCAGUCUUAGCAGUCCGGAGUUGAGGGUGCCCGGCAAUGCAGGUUUGCAUGACCAGCUACUGGCCCUCCGCUGGGUGAACAAGUAUAUUUCGCACUUCAAUGGUGAUCCGAAAAACAUAACCAUAAUGGGAACCAGCGCCGGAGCUGCCUCGGUGCACUUCAUGAUGUGCCUGCCACAGGCAUGUGGCCUAUUCCAUCGGGCCAUUAUGAUGUCAGGCUCAAUGAUGAAUCCCUGGGUAGAUGUGCCGAAUACAGAAACAUUUGCUUAUCGACUGGCCAAGUUCAAGGGCUACAAGGGAGCUGCUACUGACUCGGAAGUUUUCAAGUUUCUUUGCUCGCUUUCCGCUGAGGAAUUGGUAAAGCAUCAUCUCUUCGGAGCUCAGGAACGCUGCUUUGGGCAUUUGUAUCCAUUUGUGCCCACAUUGGAGAGUCAGUCGAGCUCUAAGAAUAAUAAUAAUGGACUCCUCAAGCGCCCCUUCUUGCAAAUGAUGAAAGAGGCUUGGUCUGGACAGGUGCCCUUGCUGAUAGGAGGCACCUCGUUCGAGGGAUUAGUCAUGUAUCCCUAUUGCAAGGUGAAUAAUGGACACAUGAUUGAACUGCUCAUGCAACAGCCGGCUAUGAUCCUGCCCUAUGAUCUGUACCGCUGCCUUCCACAGGACGAGCGUGAUGAACGUGCUGCAAAGCUGAUUCGCUAUCAUUAUGGACCUCGGAGUAUUACCAAGUCAAAUGUGAUGCAGACUCUGGAUCACUUCAGCUAUAAACUAUUUUGGCAUGGCAUUCAUCGGGUGGUUAUAUCUCGGCUGACCUUUGCACAGGCUCCGACCUACAUGUAUCGUUUUGACUUUGACUCGCCCACCUCCAACUUGAUGCGCCUUCAUCUAUGCGGGGAUGAUAUCAAGCGGGGAGUUUGCCACGCCGAUGAACUGGGUUAUAUGUUCCCAAGACAGGGUAUUGAGUUUAGUACAGCUGGACAAUGCACCGUCCAUCGAAUGAUUGGAAUUUUAACGGCUUUCGCUCGAACUGGUAAUCCCAACUGUGCGGAAACCGACAAGGAGUUGUGGCCUCCGGUUGAUCGAAAGGAUCCAUUCAAGGUAAUGAAUAUCGGACAAAAACUAGAAGUUCAACCACAACCAGAAAAAGAGGGUAUCAAAGUUUGGAAUCAACUUUACAAUGAUGAUGCUUGCUUGCUCUAUGGUGGAAGAUUUAAAGAGCCAAAGAUCUCGUAUUUCAGAAAAUUAUAUUGUUGCCUCUUUGUUACCAAGAUGAACAAGAAUCUCGGCUUUGUGGAACGCAUGCGCUGGCGUCUUAAAACCAUCGAGCAUAAAAUUCAACAAUAUCGUCAGACGACCAACGAGUCGGUCAUUGCCGACACGGAAUAUGGCAAGGUGCGGGGUGUUAAGCGGCUAUCCACUUACGACGUACCCUAUUUUAGCUUUGAGGGUAUACCCUAUGCCCAGCCACCCAUUGGAGAGUUACGUUUCAGGGCGCCCCAACGUCCGACGCCCUGGCAGGGCAUCAGGAACUGCAGUCAGGCCAAGGAGAUGGCGGUGCAGGUGCACUUCGUGUUUGACAAGAUGGAGGGCGACGAGGAUUGUCUCUACUUAAAUGUGUACACCAACAAUCUAAGUCCUGCUAAGCCACGUCCUGUUAUGGUCUGGAUACACGGAGGAGGCUUUAUAAUAGGCGAAGCCAAUCGAGAGCAGUACGGUCCAGAUUAUUUCAUCAAAGAGGAUGUCGUUUUGGUGACCAUACAAUAUCGAUUGGGUGCAUUGGGAUUCCUCAGCUUGAAGACGCCUGGCUUGAAUGUGCCUGGCAAUGCGGGUCUGAAGGAUCAGGUGCUGGCUCUCAAGUGGAUCAAGAACAACUGCGCCAGUUUCGGCGGUGAUCCCGACUGCAUUACGGUAUUUGGACAGAGUGCUGGCAGUGCCUCCACGCACUACAUGAUGCUGACCGAUCAGACGCAGGGUCUCUUCCAUCGCGGCAUUCUGCAGUCUGGCAGCGCUAUCGCCCCCUGGGCAUACAAUGGGGAUAUAACACAUCGGGCUUACAGAAUUGCACAGCUGGCAGGCUACAAGGGUGAAGAUAAUGAUAAGGAUGUGCUGCAAUUCUUGCAGAAUGUCAAGGCCAGGGAUCUAUUACGCGUGGAGGAGCUUGUGCUUACGCCGGAAGAGCGCGCCAAUAAGAUAAUGUUCGCCUUUGGACCGGCCUUGGAACCGUAUGCAACGCCAGAAUGUGUGGUGACUAAGCCCCCGCGAGAGAUGAUGAAGACCGCCUGGGGUAACUCCAUUCCCAUGAUGAUUGGCAACACCUCCUAUGAGGGGCUAAUGUGGGUGCCAGAGGUCAAAUUAAUGCCACAGGUGGUACAGCAGCUAGACGCACCUACGCCAUUUGUACCACGUGAGCUGGCAGAUGUCAACAAGGAGAAAAUUGCCAACUGGGCUGAGAAGAUACGGAAUGCUCAUGUAACGGGCGAGAAGGCAUCUGCGGAUAACUACAUGGAUAUAUGCUCCAUGGUCUACUUUAUUUUUCCAGCUCUGCGUGUGGUGCGUUCUCGACAUGCAUAUGCCGCUGGCUCUCCCGUAUACUUUUAUCGCUAUGAUUUUGACUCGGAAGAGCUGCUCUAUCCGUAUCGCCUGAUGCGCUUUGGGCGUGGCGUCAAGGGCGUCAGUCAUUCCGAUGAUUUGACCUAUCAGUUUAGCAGCCUUCUGGGCCGUCGAAUGCCCAAGGAGAGUCGGGAAUAUCGGAACAUUGAACGAACUAUCGGCAUCUGGACGCAGUUUGCGGCCACCGGCAAUCCUUACAGCUCGGAGAUCAACGGCAUGGAUAUGAUAAGUUGGGAUCCAGUGCGAAAAACCGAUGAAUCUAUCAAAUGUCUGAAUAUAAGUGAUGAGCUAAGAUUUAUUGAGUUACCCGAAUGGUCAAAGGUGAAAAUCUGGGAAAGCCUUUAUGAUGAUAAUAGGAAUCUGCUUUUUUAAGAAUAUAAUUUUCAAUUUAAUUUGUACAUAAAAUCAUAAUUUGUAAUAAAAUCAAUUUGGUGGCUAUUUUAUAGUUUUGUGAAAAUAUGUUUAAGCACAAAAUAGGCUUAUUAAAUAUAUUCAAUAAUACC